AUGAUGAUGCCAAGGGAGCUCAAGACAAGCCCCUUCAAAGGGCACAUCCUGGCAAAGGAUUACUACGUGCUGGGCACUGCUCACAUCAUCCAGCUGCUGCAGGUCAUUGAGACCAGCCAGAAAACUUACCUGGUGAUAGAGUACACAGCCUGGGGGCCCCUGAUGAGGCAUCUCAGGAAGCAUGGGCAUCUGGAAGAGGAGGAGCCGCAUACUCUAUUUCAGGAACUGACUUUGGCCAUCAAAUAUAUUCACAGUUACAACACUGCCCACCGAGACAUCAAGCCUGAGAACAUCCUUUUGGAUUGGGAUGGGCAUGUGAAACUAAGUGAUUCUGGCUUGUGUAAAAAACUGGCCUCCAGGGGAAACGUCAGGGGCUUCUGGGGAACACAGUAUUGUGCUCCUGACGUGUUCAGUCACAAGGAAUAUGAAGGGCUUCCACCUGAUGUGUGGAGACUUGGAGUGGUACUCUACUUCACAGUAAGCGGACACCUCCCAUUCCGAGAGACAGAUCACUCUAAGAUAAGGCAGCAGAUCCUUUCCUGAGACCGCAGGAUCCCGCAUCCGCUCUCCCCAGAGCUUCAAGACCUACUCAACUGCUUACUGACACUGGACCCAACAAAGAGGCCCUCCACCGAGGAAGUCAUGGCACACCUGUGGCUGCACCAUGAUGAAAACGCAUUAAUUUCUCUGAAGAAAUCCCUAGAGAACCAGAGUCCAACUUUGCUUUUCAUAUGUUUUUGAGUGGAUACAAAAUGCAAGAGCUCAAAGAUGCUCUGAGGAAACAAAAGUAUACUAGUGCCAUGGCAACAUAUUUAAUUCUAAAACAAGUUUACCUCAUGACACCACUUUCACCAUGAGGGAGGGCAGGUUUCUAUAAUGGACCCUGUAAAAGCUUCCAACCCUCCUCUGCCUGUAAGGAGGGAACCAGUGUCUCUACCCUUCCUCCCUUUA